UUUGGGAUCAAGGCAGCACAGCGGAAGCAUGAGCGCAGGAGGGGCAGCUACACUCGCCAUGAAAACGUCUAUCCGUCUCCCGAGCAAUGGCAUGGGCCCAGGAGAAGCGGCAGCAUCGCCUCGAUGCCCCAGCGGGGGCGUGAGCGCGGCGCGGGCAGCAGCAUCACCCGUGCGAUCAGUUGCUGGAAGAUGGGAUGACGAGCGCGACAGAUGUGGAGGGGUCCCUGCUGCAGGCGCAGACGCUGCGUGCGUGCGCCAAUCGCUGGAGCGCCUCAGGCUCGACAUGGAGGCGGUCUUUGAUAAGCACAGGGAGCUUUGGCGGCAGUAUCCUGAUGCGUCUUCGGGGCCUCGCGCUGCAGUGGCAGAAUCUGCAGACCGGGUCCCGGACCAGGUGCUCCAUCACCACCACCACCCCAUUUCGCCGAAGAAGGUAAGGUUCCGCGACACGGGCCGCACUGUCGUAGAGCACAUUUCGAGUAACAGGAGUGCCAAAUCGGACGAAGGGAUGACCAGGAUUCGCAAGCUACAAACGGAACGGAACCUCUUCCUCACGCAGGAGGACAAGAAUUGGAUGCACACCCUUGUAACGUCUAGCCAUAAGUCAUGGAUUAGUCGUUGUUCCAUGUGGUUGCCUGGAAGUAGGAUAGGAACUUUCAGCUCAGUGAGAAAGACGACUGAUUUUGUCUCGAAGCUGGUAAGGCAUCCUGGCUACCAGCUCGCUCGCGGCAUGAUGAUGCUUCUGGAUGCAGUGCUUGUUGUGUGGGAGAUGCAAUAUGCUGCACAGCGUGCAACCUCUAGCAUUCACAACAGUUUGGGAGGCAUCGAAGACGCAACAAUAUUGAGUGCAUUUAUGGACAUAUCCUGUGUGAUGUUCGUUACAGACCUCCUGUUGGGUUUCACAGCAGGCCUGUUAGACCCGACCAUAUCUACUGGACAUGGCUGGCAGGAUUUCCACGUCGUCGUUGUGAUCGCACAGUUGCUUCAGACCAUUGGCCAGCACUCACACCAACACCAGAGGUCCUACUCGCAGUUCCGGGUUGUCCUUGCCAUGUUGUCCACAUUGCGUUUGGCCAGGUUGUUGUCGUUGGUGCUUGUGACGGACGUCAUUCGCCAACACCCCUUUUUCAGGGAGCUGCGCAUCAUGAUCCAUUCGCUCACCGGUGCGGUCAAGGGUUUUCUGUGGUCCAGCUUGCUGAUCUUCACGAUCCUGCUCAUCUUUGGCACCGUCUUGUCGGAGGGGACACUGGCUUUCCUCGUCCAAAGCGGGGGAGAGGACUCAUCCGCGGGCUUGCAGGCGCGGUUCGGCUCGCUGUUCCUCGCCGUGCUCACCCUCUUCCAGGCGGUGUCCGGCGGCGUCGACUGGCACGAGGUCUGGCAGAUUUUGGACGCGCUCGGCUGGGGUUACAGGGGGGUGUUCUUGCUGUACAUCGGCUUCUCGUUCCUGACCCUGCUCAACGUGGUCACGGCUGUCCUCAUUGAGGGCACGUUGAUGCGCUGCACGACAGACCGAGGCCUGGUGGUGCAGAGCGAGCUCAUGGCCAAGAGGGACUUCCUCCAGGCCAUGAGGAAGGUGUUCCGGGAGCUGGAUGUCGACGAGGACGGUGACAUCACAGUGGAAGAGCUUAGGGGGCGCAUGAAGGAGCCCGAGAUCGGGGCCUAUUUCAGCCAAUUGGGUGUGGAUUCGGAUCAGGUGGGCAAGCUUUUCCUCCUCCUGGAUCGCGACAAGUCUGGGACACUUGACCCCGAGGAGUUCAUGUUCGGUUGCUUGAAGCUCCGAGGCGCGGCUAAGAAUUUGGACGUGGCGGUGCUGCACCAGGAAGUCCAGUGGAUUCACGAGACUCUCGAGAUCGUGGUGGCCAAUUUGAAGCCCGCCGGCCUCCGCAAUGCGAAUGCGAGGCCCGUUGGGCGAUUUCCCCACUGUGGCGCAGAGACCUCAAUUGAGUUGUCUCCGUUUUCUCCCCUGAACAUACGUCCCUCCUCACCCACGUCGGAUGGUGCCGCCGGUGCGCGACAGACCCCAGCUUGGAUGAUGGAUGACUUCGACCACUGCUAUACCGUAGGAUCCUCGGAUUAGGCGAGCCAUGGAAUCGUGGAAGUAGGCGAUCACUUGUUGAUAUGUUUCAUAAUUUCGCUGAUAAUGCGUAGAGGCGCAAUUUAAAUCCACUGAAGCCGCGUGGCCAGCAGUGGGGCUCAGUGAACUUAGGUUGUUCGCAUUAUCGAUAAGCACGCUGGAACAGGCACUGCCCUUGCCCUUGAA